UCUGAAAUUGCUUAAAUCUCAGACAAAUUUUCCAGUUCAUAUGGCUUGUCCUUUACUUUGCUAAUCAACUGGUAUUCAUGUUUUGCUGAUGUAUGAAAAUAUUUUUCAAAUACUUUUUAGGAUACUUAGACCAAGAUUACAUAAAGAAAAGACUGCGCUUGUUUUGAGAACAUUCCGUUGCGAAACCUAACCUAUCUGCAAAGCCAUUAACCGAGGUGGACCUAUACUUUUUGAACGAAAGGCUAGUAGGUUGGUUGUUUGAAAAAAUCCCCAAAAAUACAGCUCAUCAUCUCGCACAUGGCAGUAGCCUACAUAUUUUGGUGUACACGGAAGGCUUCGAAAAAUAUCUUGAAAUCAAUCAAACAAUAUCUUGCGAAAACCCGAUGGAAAUAUAUUUGUAGUACUUGUUUAAUAUCAAAAUGUUUUAUCAAAACUUAUACCAUAGAAUCUCUUCAAACUUUCGAAGAUGUCCCAAUACUUUUUGAACAUAAGUGUGCGUUUUUACAUUCCUACAAGUGUAAGUGUAAGUGCUUGCCUGCGGAGGCAUCCUGUUGCCAUACUAACAAUAAGAGAGGCUGCGCUUCACAACAACCUCGUUUCGAACUUAGUCACUGAAAUAUUUAAAAGAUUGGAAACAAAGUUGGAAAGAAAACAAGGGAGUCACACCUAUAUGCCACCCAGAGGAGUGUAUUAAAUGCAGUUGUAUUUCUAAAAAAAGUUCUAGCAUUUUCAAAGAAGAACAGGAACAAUAUGGCAGAAAACUUUUCUCCAGAAGAAAUUGAAGAAUUCAAAGAAUGCUUUAGCUUGUAUGACAGAGAUGGUGAUGGCUUGAUAUCAAUUGAUCAGUUGAAGCUUGUGAUGAGGUCACUUGAACAAUGCCCAACACAAAUGGACAUCAAUGGUGUUUCUAGAACAUUGGGUAAACAGAAAGUGAGCUUUCCAGAGUUUCUAGAUAUACUUUUGGGUUUCAAAUCAAAAACAAAAACUGAUUGGAAGGAGGAGAUUUUAGCUGCAUUUGAAGCAUAUGAUAAUAGUGGCAAAGGUUACAUAAGCAUGAAGGAUUUGCGACACAUAAUGCUAAGAACCGGAGAAAAACUGUCUCCACCAGAAUUUGAAUACAUGCUGUUUCAAGCAGGCAUCAACAAAAAUGCUGCUCAAGUCAGCUAUCAUGAACUGGCCAAAGCAUUUGCACAUGUAUGACUGCCAUACUCAGCACCAUGGGUUACCAUUUUUAAUUAGUAUAGUUUUAAAUAUGACUGAAUAUCUUGAAACAGCCACUGAUCAUUUCAGGAAUGUCAGAAAAACACGAUGCCAUGUCAGUGCAAGCAAUUAAGUUUCUAAAGGCUUAAUUUAAGAUAUUAUAUUUUUCUGUUGGCAUCAAGCAAAUUUUCCAAGACAGUUUUGAAUUGGGUCUCUUUGCUGUCCCAACUUGAAAGGCAUUGCACCUUGAUGGAUUUCUAAGGCACUGCAAACCAUUAUUAUUUAAUUCAAUAAAUGUAGAUAUUUAUUUCAGUUGUUUAUUUAAUAAUUAUUUAAAUUAUUAUUGGAGGUAAUUAUGUACUUGGUUUGUUGAUGUUAUUGUGGUCACAAUACCUAACUUUCUUUGCAAACUUCAUUUUUGGUUUUCUACAAAUAUUCUUACACAACGUUGCUAAGCGUCAUUGAAAAGGUAGAAAAUUUCUCCCAACAUUGUAAGAGAAUGUCUUAAAAGAGAUGCAAAUUUUGCUACUAAUACUUUUACCUGGCUGGAAAGCCAUCUGGUUCGAUUGCAGUCAAAAUAAAGUUAUUCCGUUAAGUUGAUAAUAAAUUUGAGAGAGUGAAUUGAAGCAGAUAUCAAAACUAUAAUGUCCCUCUCCCAAUCAUGGCAGCUUGCUUGAAAAAAUUCUGAAAGAUGCUAGCCAAAUUGUUCCAGAUUUAUAAUUAGCAUACAGAAGUUAUGCCUAAAGUGGGCAUCAAGAGACAGAACAAAUAGACAAGAUGUCUUUUCAUGUAAAAGUAUACUGUAGAUACAUGCUUAGUAUCCACAUGUAAAAUCAAGAAAAUUCAAAACUCAACAUGACAGUUUGAUGUGAUGAAAACAGUUUGCAAAAUAGAUGAGGAUUAGACAAGUCCAAAAGAGAUUCACAAGCUCAUAAUAAUAGAUAAGAAAAAAUAUGAGCAGGCGACAGAACAAGAUCCUGGUCAAACUGGGACAAAUAGGAUACAAAUGGGAAUAGCCAUGCUAAUAACUCAAUAAUAGACAAUGAUAUUUGAAUGAAGACAGAGUUUUUUCGAAUGUUUGGACAAGGUCAAGUUUGGAUUCUGUCAAUUUUUCUUGGAAUAGCUAUAAUUCUCGAAUGUAUAGACAUGAAUAUCAAGAUAAGACGUUUCGGAUAUAACCUUCAUUAGUAACAAAGAGGAAGUGUAACAAAGUUUCAUUAAAAAAAGAAAAGAACGAUUAAUAGAACAGGUGACAAGUGGAAUGCAGGAAAGAAUGCGACACAAGAACAGAAGUAGAAGAUCAGAAAAAAAUGCACGCCCAUACAGAAACGCAUAGUCUAACAGAGAAGAUGCCUUUUAAAACCCACUUCAGUCGGGUGAAAACGUUGCUCCAAUGGCUGCCAAGAAAAUACAGUAGUGAGCAUCACAAAUGGUCGUCGGGCAAGGAAUCUUCUAUACCCACAAGUCACCAUGUUGGUUGCAACUAGAGCAAAUAUAGUUAACCAGUGGAAAUAGGCGAAAGAUUUGGUCGACAGAACACCUCAAAUACGAAUAUCUGAUAAAGAAAGAUAGCAGCAGCUUGAAAAGGUUAAAGUACAGGAAAGAACAAAUCAACAAAAAGGUACAGUAAAGGUUAAAGGUUUUUAAUGCUUAUAAUGAGUAGUAAUUCCCGAAGUGGAUCUGAAAAGGACAUCAAGACCCAUAACAAUAGCAUGGUCUGCAAUUGUGCGAAUUGCAUCUCUUUUAAGAAAAUGUGAGUUUUGAAGUACUACCUUAUAUAUCCAUCGAUAAGUAAUCCAAUAAAGCUGAAAUUUUUAUGUGAAAUACGGGAAUCGACUUAUGGCUACCGUUUGGUCGCUCACUGUAGAGAUAAAAGCGAGAUUGUUAUCCUCAAUUGGGUACAUCAGCAAUCAAGUUUUCAAUAUAUCAAAAAAGUCAACCGUGUUUCAUUUUUUGCAGCGAAAAUGCAAAAAGAAAGCCAUCCUUACUUUUGCGAUUCUUACUUUUGCCUCACAGAAACUUUGUUAUUUCUCAAAAAAGAAUUCAUCAAAAGGUAAAUUUUAAAGAAAAAUUAUUUUGUUUUUAAACUAUUCUCUUGGUUUUAAAGCCUAUUUCAAGAAUGAUGUAUGUAUCUUCUAAUAUCAUAAUACGA